UGAUGUCUUGUUUCCGGUUCCGGGUCAACAGUAUUUUCGCUGAACAGCUAACAUGUUGACCCGAUUGUCAAGGUUCGGGCUCUCGCUGCCUCGUACUUUAGUUGGUCCACCAGCACGGUUCGUCUCUCAGUCUAAACCAAAUGAAAAUGUAGGUUCGACUGCUAUGACGGAGCUGCGCCCCGGCCAGCCAAUGACCGGACAUGAGGAGGUCAGCGAAUACACCAAGAAUCCAGACUAUUAUGGCUUCUCCAGUGACCCUGACGUGGAUAAAUCAAACAUGAAGCUGGCUUUCUUCUUUGGGGUUUCAAUGGCACUUGUCUUGGGCUCAACAUUUGUGGCUUAUAUACCAGACUAUGGAAUGCGAGAGUGGGCCAGGAGGGAGGCCGAGAGGCUGAUAGUGCAGAGAGAGAAGGCGGGUCUACCUCUCAUGGAUGAAAACUACUACGACCCAAGCAAAAUUAUCCUGCCUCCCCCAAAAGAAGAGUAGCAUCUCUCACACCCACCUACUGUAUACAUGAUUUUCCUCUAUAAUAAAAAGUUAUUGAAUUCUGUAA